AUGGCGACCAUUGACGUCUCUGUGCGACUGCUACCGCUGCUGCUGCUCCUCGCGUCGUCGGCCGUCCCCGUCCUCAGCCACAACAAUGCGCUCGACGCGUCGGUCUACGAUGGCCGCGUCACGAGCUUCACGGCCUUUCUACGGCCGUCGACUCGACCGUCUCAGCUUCACGUCGCGUUUGCCAGUGAAGUGAAUGUGAAGACGCGCGACGCGACUGUCCAAACGUCUGCGUCUGCACGACAAGAGACGCGAUUGGGGAUGACCGUCUCGUGGGCCACAACGCACGAGACGUUGACGUCCCGCGUGCGCUUUGGCCGAUCGCGUGACGACCUGUCGAUGGUGCAACAGGCGGACGGACGCGGGGAGCAGUACGACUUUUGCUCGUACACGUCGCCGUAUUUCCAUCACGUGACGAUCCCGGGUGACAAGCUCGAGCCAGCAACGACAUACUACUACCAAUGCGGAGACGACAGUGGAGCGUGGAGUCGUGUGUACUCGUUCAGGACCGCUGUUCUAGUGGGGAGCGAGAAGCCACAACUGUUUGGCAUCAUUGGCGACCUCGGCCAAACCGUGUACUCAAAAGUGACGCUCGACAACCUCGCUAGCUACGGCUCAACGAUCAGUGCCAUCGUGUGCGCCGGCGACUUGUCGUAUGCUGACAGCGACCAGAACCGAUGGGAUCGAUGGGGCGCUCUUGUCGAACCGUUGAUUGCUCAGAUGCCGUGGAUGGUCGCGUCUGGCAACCACGAAGUCGAGCAUCCCUGCCAGUCAAACGCGAGCGAGUUUGUCGCAUACCAGACCCGGUUCCGUAUGCCGUACGAUCGUUCGGACCGGCUGCAGCGUCGCAACUUGUACUACGGGUUCCGUGUCGGCCUCGUGCACUUUAUCGUGUUGACGCCGUAUGUCGACUCUCGCCCGACGUCGCUCCAGUACAAAUGGCUGCAGCAAGAACUCGCGCGCGUUGACCGCAGUGUCUGUCCAUGGGUCGUGGUGAUCAUGCAUGGGCCGUGGUACAACAGCAACACGGCGCAUCAGGGGAUGGAGCCGCACGUGACGAUGAAAGCGAACAUGGAGGAGACGCUGUACCGGCACAAGGUGGAUGUGGUGAUUGCAGGGCACGUCCACGCCUACGAGCGCAGUCAUCCCGUCUACAAGGAACAAGUCGUAGCAGACGCACCAAUGUACAUUGUACUCGGCGAUGCCGGCAAUCGUGAAGGGCUGGCGCCAACGUACUACGAUCCGCAGCCAAAGUGGUCUGCGUACCGUCAGGCCGACUAUGGCUUUGCACUGCUGAGUGUGGCAAACCGCACCCACGCGAACUUGCAGUGGUUUGAAGAUCGCGGAGAAGACGACGCGAGUCUGCGGGAUACUGUUGAGCUCACGACGUCCGCGUAUCGAUCUGGAUAG